AUGCCGGCGUUCCCGGUCGGUAAGUAUGCUCGCUACAAGCGCGCUACGGCCUUCUUCCUAGACUGGCUGCUACGUGCGCGCGGCCGAAGUAAACAUGCGGGUCAAGAGUCGGAGCUGGACAAUCUCACAUCCGUCGUGGAAGAGAUCGCAGCGGCACUAGCGUCCCUGACUCCGAAACUGUUGAAUGAGUUCCCAAAGGCUCUCGCCGCCUGUCAGUGCGCCAUCACGUUCCGUGAACAAGUCGCCGCCUACUUAGGAGGUGGAGAUAGUGGUCACCGACACUUUUUAAGCCUCUUGAAGGGCUGGCAAAAGACUCUAAAAGCCGUAGAGAGGGAGCGACAAGGAGACGAUGCAACAGAAACCGACAGCACGCGGUUCGAGAACUAUUACGCAGUGCUAGAGGUGGAUGAGGACUAUUUCCCUAAUGAAGAUCUGCUCAUUGCUGAGACUGGAGCUCCGAAAAGCACUCAAGUGGACAGAGAACGGCUGUUUAACGAGGCCUUUGCUGAAGAUCUGAGACUGGAAGUGGUCUAUUUCUUCUUGGAGUUGGAGGAAUUGGUAGAAGGGGUGUUUAGCAUUUUUAAUCAAGUGAAGAGGCAACAGCGCACAAUGGUAGAGGCCACAGUGGUGGCUAAGUUGGCUAUUGACACGGCCAGUGCAUUGACAUCGAAGCUCCAGUUGAGGUACCCAGCGCUAAAGACUGCGGAAGAUGUGCUACGUAUCGUGAUGGAACGCACACCCAACGACUUUGUGGAUAAACUGGCUCAUAAAGUCCGCGACGUGUGGACGAAAUUCCAGAAUAACGGGACGCUCGAGUUCGUCCCAGGGAUGUUACUUUUGGACUUCAUAAGUGUGAACAGAACGUUAGCCAGCUUCACCUCGAUCAUCCCAAGUCAAGAGGGAGCGUACUUGACUAUUCGUGAUGGCUUCCAUGGUGAAUCUUAUGGAGAAGAGCGGACGCCAGAGUACAUGCUGCCAGACCCCACUAACCUCGUGGUUUUCUUGAUGCAGCAGCUGCCAUUGCUAUACAACACGAUCAUGCAAACGAAGCGUGUUACCGGCUCGGGCUUUGACGAAUCCAAUCUUGCUAGCUCGUUCUUAGCAGCAAUGGAUGAGUAUUUCACGUCGCAGAAGGUUACAGUACCUAUUGUGUUCACGUGCAUCUGCUGGCUUAAGUCCGUUGCUGCGCUGCAAGGGAAAUCUGGGCUCACUCGCAAUGUGAGUCUUACGUUUGACCACUCGAUAUACCUGAUGAGAAACAUGGAAGAGACAGUGGAGAAAGGUGCAGUGUUCACUGCCGAUAAGGAAAUCCACGGAGGCUUGAAGAGGUGCGCAGAGGAGAUCAAACAGUCGAGUCGAGGCCAUAACUUGGCACGUGCCAAUCCUCUAAUGGCAGGCUUUAUGAUGCUGACGUAUCACUUCCACUAUUCCCACAUGGCCAGUGAGAUUUUGAUGGUGACGUCGAGGUUCCGAGCCUUUGGUCACCUGUACAAUGCGCUUGUGGAGCAGAGAUUUCUUCAGCACAUUCCGUUUUUCGACGAAGUUCUGCGGAUCUACGACGAGAUGAUCUUCACGCCCUCACGCGCUGCAGCGGUGCAUGGCUCUUACAAUCGCGCUUACUUACUGAGCUCUCACUUGACUGCAACUUCAGUCAACGCCAUGUAUCGUGGUGCGACGCCACCGGCUGGGAAAAAAGGCGUUAAAGUGCGGAAGGCGCUUCACUUCCAGGAUUUAUCCCAGAUCUACCGACUUCUCACUGAGAACGACAGGUCAGUGCUUGGUGGUGCGUCAUCGAAGGCCAUGCUGAACAAAGCAGCGGAUAUCUGCUCGAUGGAGCUGUUCCAGACACGUGUGCUCUCUCGUGACAUGUUGAAGCUCAAUGAUGACCUCACGGAUGUGUUCUCUGUGAUGUGUGACGAGCUAGGGCAGCGACAGUAUCACGACGACUAUGUAGCUGCUCGUCCGCAGCGAGGGGAUUCUCGUCACUAUCGAGUCAAUCGCGCGUUAGAGGCUGCAGUGAUGACGCCUUUGAUGCCGCUAUUGGACUGCUUGCAGUCGGAUGGGUCGCUGGAAAUGCGUGCCAUACCCACUCAACAUGUCCAGAUUGGUAACUUGAGUAGUGACGGUAUCAGGAUACUGUGCAUGAAGGCUGCUGCGGUGAUCAAAGCCAAGUUCGCGACGCCACCUCUGGUAUGUGAGAAGAAAUACUUCACCUUCCCUUCCAAACCUGAUUUCGUCAACCAAGAGUAUGGAGCGCCGUUGAGAGAGUUGGAGGGUCAAGCACGGCAUAAUGUCUUUCAUGGUCUGAUGGCAAUGCUCGUGAAUAGCGCUGGUCCUCUGUCUGGAUAUAAUCUGGAGAUUCUCAAAUCUGAACUGCGCCAGAAUCCAGAUCUCCUGGCCAUGGCAACCAACUCUGACUUGUGGUCAUUGUUCCACCACGCAGCAGCUGGACCUGCACACGACGCGGACUUAGUGGAAUGGAUGAUCCAGCUUGGAGCGCUAACCAUACAGCUUCUGCACUGUCGAUACGAACUGCAACGAAGAGAGCUUCCAUUUAAUAGCGAGGGGUUGCCCAACACGAUGGCAGUUCACAGCGCAGCCAUUGCGGGACACGAAGACAUUGUUCGGAUUAUUCUUGAGGCUGAUAAUAUGGUCGACCUGAAUACUCCCACGUACCACACGAAGGAGACGCUCGCCCAUUUGGCUGUCAAGCACGGACAUCGCAGUUUGUACGAGAUGCUUCUUGAGGUUGGAGCGGAUCUCCGCAUCAAGGACGGUGAAGGAAGACGGAUUUGUGACGUCACAAACGACCGAGAGUGGAGGCGUGAAAUUGCAGCGUCCAUCGCUGAGAUCGAGAGAUGCGAAGCUGAUAACGAGAGCAAGAAGAAUCGCGAUGGACUCUUCCGUCACCAGAGCGACCUCCGAGCUGAACGUCUGCGUCAGUUAGUAAAUAGUCAGCGCGAUGAAGAACGUCGACGUGAAGUGGAAAAUGCCACCACAAACGCGGCCAAUACUACGUCGAAGAAAAAGAAAAAGAAGAAGAAGAAAUGCAAUGCGACGGCGAACGUUUCCACUCCAAUUGCCACAGUGACGGCAGACGAUUUAGCAGAAGCAACAAACUUGCUGAAGGAUUUAUUGGUUCCAAGCAGCUCAGAUAUUGACCCAAACGAUGAUACGAAGCCGGCAGCAUUGCAGGAGAUCAGUGGUGAGGAUACAGCGGCGAUGUUUGGUCGCCUGAGAGACCCGAACAUCCCUGCGGCCGACAAAACCGACGACGUGCAGCGUGCUUGUCAACUCAUCAAGAAGCUGGAGAGCUUGGUGACAGCUUCUAGUCACCCAAGCCGACUCAACUCCACGGAUCGACGCGACCGAGUCGCUAUCGCUUCCGAGGCGUUGCAAGUCAUUCACUUGAUGCAGAAACUCCAUCGAGUAAACGACCCCGCCAUCGCUGUCCUCGCUCUCUCGUCGGUGCGCCAACUCUGUGCUACGACGCUCAAGUUUACGAGUUUUGUCGUUGGAACCGCGCAACUUAGCAUGUCCGUGAACCGGAAGCCACAAGCCAAGGAGAUUCUGGAUCUGCUGGAGAAGCGACUGGUCAAGAUGCCAUUCCCCAAGAGAGAGCCUUCUGUGUACCGCGAGAUGGUGCAGACGUACUCUGUAGCUCGGGAUGCGAUGGGAUUGGGGCGAACGUCCAGCGCCGUCACCUUUCGUGCCUUGGAAUGGUAUCUGAGUAACGUUACGAGCCGCUUUAAGGUGCAGGAAGCACUCGACAAGUUCGUUGGGCGACCCAUGUAUCUGGAGUUCACGACAGUGUCAAGGAUCACCGAGCGACAGUUCCGUCGCUUUGAAGCCGCCGUUGAGACUGUUGCAGAGUUGGCGGGCGUCGUGUGUCUGGGCAACCGAGUCAUGUACGGGGCCACGGAAUUUGAUGGCUUAAUGCGCGUUCUUCGUGCUGUAGGAGACUUGGCGCACAGGGAAAAGAUGGCCUUCGCUCAGGAGACCAUGCAGAUCGCUGUGACGACGUUGCAUGUGGGGAGGUUCGAGUUCUCGGAGAAUGGCGUUGUCAAAUAUGACGCCGCUGCUGUCUGA